GUUCCGGUUUAGUUUGUCAUAUGACUUUGUAACUUGGCUAGCCAAGCCGCCUCAGUUCGUUUGGGUACUCUAGCUAGCUCGUUCAUUUAAUUUAAUUUUGACGAUGGCGACAUUAGUAGAAAAUCGACCUGUGGAUCUCAACGGACCUGAAGCUGCAGCAAGACAGCACGCACAGGCUGUGACCAGAAACUACAUCUCGCAACCAAGGCUCACCUACUCCACUGUAUCGGGUGUGAAUGGACCUUUGGUGAUCCUGGAUAAUGUAAAGUUUCCCAGGUAUGCUGAGAUUGUGCACCUGACCCUACCUGACGGCACCAAGAGAAGCGGCCAAGUACUGGAGGUUAUCGGCAGCAAAGCAGUUGUCCAGGUGUUUGAGGGGACCUCAGGGAUCGAUGCCAAGAAGACAGCCUGUGAGUUCACAGGUGACAUCCUGCGCACACCUGUGUCGGAGGACAUGCUGGGGCGUGUUUUCAAUGGCUCUGGCAAGCCCAUCGACCGAGGUCCCGUUGUAUUGGCUGAGGACUAUCUGGACAUUAUGGGUCAGCCAAUCAACCCGCAGUGCCGCAUCUACCCAGAGGAGAUGAUCCAGACGGGCAUUUCAGCCAUAGACGGGAUGAACAGCAUCGCCCGGGGACAGAAGAUUCCCAUCUUCUCCGCCGCGGGACUCCCCCACAAUGAGAUUGCGGCACAGAUCUGCCGCCAAGCUGGUCUUGUGCAGAAACCCAAAGAUGUGUUGGACUACAGUGCAGAUAACUUUGCCAUCGUCUUCGCCGCCAUGGGGGUGAACAUGGAAACUGCUCGCUUCUUCAAGUCCGACUUUGAAGAGAAUGGAUCCAUGGACAACGUUUGCCUGUUCUUAAACCUGGCUAAUGACCCGACCAUUGAACGCAUCAUCACCCCACGUCUGGCCCUUACCACCGCCGAGUAUCUGGCCUACCAGUGCGAGAAGCACGUGCUAGUUAUCCUCACUGACAUGAGCUCUUAUGCUGAAGCCUUGAGAGAGGUGUCAGCCGCCAGAGAGGAGGUCCCGGGACGCCGUGGCUUCCCCGGCUACAUGUACACCGAUCUGGCCACAAUCUACGAGCGUGCCGGGCGAGUGGAGGGCAGGAACGGCUCCAUCACGCAGAUCCCCAUCCUCACCAUGCCCAACGACGACAUCACCCAUCCCAUCCCUGACCUGACUGGAUACAUCACUGAGGGCCAAGUGUACGUUGACCGGCAGCUGCACAACAGACAGAUCUACCCACCUAUCAAUGUGCUGCCCUCUCUUUCCCGACUGAUGAAGUCUGCCAUCGGUGAAGGAAUGACUCGCAAAGACCACGCUGAUGUCUCCAACCAGCUGUAUGCCUGCUAUGCCAUCGGGAAGGAUGUUCAGGCCAUGAAGGCAGUGGUGGGUGAAGAGGCCCUCACCUCAGACGAUCUGCUUUACCUGGAGUUCCUGCAGAAGUUUGAGAAGAACUUCAUUGCUCAAGGUCCCUAUGACAACAGAACCGUGUUCGAGACCCUGGACAUUGGCUGGCAGCUGCUCCGAAUCUUCCCCAAAGAGAUGCUCAAGCGCAUUCCCCAGAGUACUUUGGCCGAAUUCUACCCGAGAGAGUCUGCCGCUCGCCACUGAGACACGCGGAGAGCCACCGAGACUCCCCCUCCCAGAGACCACGAGACCACAGAACAGAGCAAUAACCUCUGUCCAUUCCCUCUGUAGAUGUACUGUACUAUGUCCCAUUUUGGAAAAAAAUCUUGUGUUGAUAGCAGACCUAUGUGUGGUGAUAUAUUUUCUGAGCUGUAAACAUUACCUUUAAACCAUUGGACAAUCCUGACGUGUUGAGGUAUUAUUUAAGUGCCGGAGUUUUUUUCUUUUUCUUUUCUUUUUUGUUAUUCCUGUCCCUACCAAAUGAACAUGCAAUUUCAAAGGGAAUUAAGUCAUAUUUUCAUUUGCAUUUGCGCUGAUGGAUCGUGUCCUGUUGAUUUAAAGAGUUCUUCCAACUGUUUGUUUUGCAAAAUUUUGUCUUUGCGUGUUUGUUUUCUCAUAGGAUGGCACCUACAAUAAUGACUCUAGAUUCUCUAAAGCAAUCCUGUCCACCAUGAAAAUUGUAUUCCAUAUUUUGCUUUAACACAAAAAUUGGUGGGUAGGGGGGGCAUACUCUGGAAAAUGCAGCAUUAAGAAAGUACUUACCAUUCACUGUGUUCAUCCUGAAGUUGCUAGUUUGAGAAACUGGCAGAUGGGGUUGUGAACAAUAAUAUUAAUGUAAGAAUUUUUGGUCAGUCCCAGAUUAAGAAUUGGUGAAAUACAUAUUAUAUUACAAUUUGUUCAAUAAGGUUUAGUGCACAAGACAAAGAAUUGGCAAACUGUUGUCAAUAUUUCACAGAUCAGGGGAGGAAAUGCUCUGAUUUUGUGAGCAUUCUGUCAUGGCAGGAUUGCUGUUGUAGUUGUGUCCUUUGCUGUUGAUUUUUAUUUAACCUAAUCUAUGUUGACAACCUUUGUUUGGUCUUUUGGCUGCUGUCAUUGCUGGAAACCAAUAUGUGUAUUUAGACUGGACAGAAUUAAGAUAUGUUUACAAUAUAAGUGUAAUACUUUUGUGAUGUGUUGUGAACAAAAUACUAAGCAUUCAUGUCUAUGUCCUGCUAAUUAUUUGUCU